AUUCCUCCUGAGGGGCUAGGUAUGGUUGCCUCAGUUAACCCUCGCCUGCUGCUUCCAUCUAAAUCUGUUUUGGCGUAUGCUAGAAAACAAAGCUGGUCAGCCAUUUUUGAAUUGGACGCAGAGAAGAAAGGAUGGUUCUGGCAUACUGGUGACUAUCCCCCUGGUUGGGAGAAAAGAGUUAAGGUAAUCAACAUCUCUGUACUGAGCAAGAAAGCGCCUGCCAAACCCAAGUCUGCCGGCAAAACCAAGCCUGCCACACCACUGCCUCCUGCAGGUGCUCCUUUGACUAGCAGAACUCGUGGUAGCAAAAGAAAAACUACUCUUCACCUCGUAUCUGCCGCUGAACGGAGGUCCAAGCAUAAGGAAGACUCAUCAGUUACCCGCCCCAUUUUGUUUGAUGAGCCUGAAUCUGAGGAGGAGCCUGAGUCUCUAUCCAUAUAUCGCCCGACUGCCGAGGAGAUUUCCGCCUCUAUGGGUGUACCUAUGGAAGGCUUUUUUGAUGGGGCUGAGGCGGUAUUAGCAACGCCUGCCCCUUCUACUGCUACACACAAGACUCCUGCCAAAACUCCCACCCCUUUUGUCGAGUCGGUACCUAGAGAGGGUACUCAUGUCGAAGGGGUUGGUGAGACUACACCCUUACCUGCCGAGAGACCCACUCUUUCAGAGGGAGCCAUUCCUCCUGCCGCUGUUCAAAACAAAACCACUUCUCCCGUUCUGCCGCUUGUGAUUUCGACUAGUGACCCUUUUGCAGCUAUCUCCCAGGCUGCAAAGGAUGGUGCCUCACUUGUUGUUACUCCUUCCUCCAUUCCCGGCUUCGCUACCCGUGGCCCUGAUUCGGACUUAUCCUCAAAGGGGUCCAAUGACAUUCUUGAGGAUCCUGAUGAUGCACCCGUGCUAAAAAAGAGAAUUUCCGACUCUGUUGAAGAGGGGAGUGCUUCGCCCGAGCCUGACUUCAUGGAGACUUCUGAGGGGCCAGAAAUUGCAGCAGGCGUGGGAAUGACUGCUCCUGCCGCACCCGUAGCACCUAUUCCUGCCGCACCUUCAGUACCUGUUUCAGCCGUACCUACUACCCCUGCUUUUGAUGUGUCUACAGUACUUGUUUCCGCUACACCCGUAGCCCCCAUUCCUGGUCUACUCCCUACUAUCCCUUCUUAGUUUGAGGCGGGUAGUAGUUUUGCCGCCAUUCCGGAUGAUGCUGCGUCCUUCCUUGUCUGCUUUGACCAGCCGAAAGUUAACGACCUUAGUCCAGCAGACUUUUGGGCUUCCGGUCCUCCUUAUGUAGACUUUUAUGGCUUCCGAGUCCCUGAGGACUGCGUCUCACACUUAAUGAUGAUCUACAGCCGUCGCGGCAAUUUUAUGCAGGAUUUUCGCCUUGGUCGUUCCUCUAGGGAGCAUUUCUUGAAAAUGCUGGGGUGUGUACUAAAUGACAUUGAGCAUAACUUCAUUGACUCUGUUUCUGCCGGGAGGAUCCUGUAGUGGAGGGUCGUGAUUCAAGAGCUCAUCAAUGUGGGUUUCGCCGUGGAGUUUGUUUUUCAUCAUCUACGUGAGAUUGCCCGAGCCUUUUUCAUGAGGAGAGUCCAGCCAGCCGUUGAAACCAUAGACGCCCGGAUUGAGCUUUUGAAGAAAGAGGUGGCAGAUUUGGAGGGUCACCGUGAGCGUCUUCUUUCUAGUGUUAGUGGGCCUAGUCAUUUUGGAGAUCAGAGUCUCAUUUCUGGACUUCAUUGAUGAUGGCGCCGUUUCCUUUCAUUUUCUUUGUUUCUCUGUUUUUGUUAUGUCACACAGAACACUUAAAU